GAGCUGCGCAUGCGCGGCGGGACAGUUACCAUAACGCUGCUCAGAGCUGCUGAGUGAGUGGAUUCUGCAACUUCUGACUCACGUCCCUCGAUGGCAAAGACGUCAAAUUACAACCAGUGCUUUUAUUUGUAUUUCAAUUAUUUCUGGUUGAUUCUGGAAGAUUGGUUUCUUCUUCAGCAUGGGGAUCUAUUUUGAAACACCUGCCGGAAUCCUGAGAAACCCUUACGGGAUAUAAUGCAGUGGAAAUAUUUUGCGUUGUAGGGAAGCGUUUUUUUUGUCUAAAAUUGGUGAUGUGUAUCCUCUGAAAAAUGAAAUGCUUCAGAUGGAGGAUGAGGCGCACCGCUCCUGCAAGCGGCAGCAGCAAAAAUCAGCUGGUCCCCUCCAAGUCCCCCAGGGUCAACGGAUGGUCGUGGCCCCCCCAAGCUCUCCAGGUGGCCGGGUGGCUUGUGUUCACCUUCCUGGGCGUGGUCAGCUUCGGCAUCCACAUCCCUCUUCUGCCUCGGCCGUGGAUGCAAGUGGCCUAUGCUCUCAUGGGCGUAUCAUUUAUCGUUCACUUCUUCACCCAUAUUGUAGCUGUGAGCAUAGACCCAGCAGAUGCCAGUGUGAGGGCCAAAAAGAGCUAUUCCAAUCCGAUGCCUCUUUUUGACCGGAAAAAGCAGCCGCAUGUCAUCCAGGAUCAACACUGUUAUCUAUGUGAUGUCAAGGUUGGCAACAAAGUAAAACACUGUGGUGUUUGCAACAAGUGUGUGGAGAACUUUGAUCACCACUGCAAAUGGCUGAACACGUGUGUGGGUGGGAGAAACUAUUGGUUCUUCUUUAUCGCGCUCGUCUCCGCCACCAUGGGUGUCCUUCUGCUUAAUGUUGUCAUCUUGUUCAUAUUUGUUCAACAUUACCUGGAUCCACACAGCCUUCGAACUGCGCCGCAGUUUAACACUGCUCUGGGGAAUACAACAUGGCUGGUGUUUUUACCUUUGGCUCCUAUGAAGACGAGUUCGGCUGGUCUGCUGGUGUUGGCCUUCUUUACAGUCAUUCUGAGCACCAUCUGCCUGCUGCUGCUCACUCAUCUGCUGGCUUUCCACCUUUACCUGUUUUAUAAAGGCAUGAGCACAUUUGAUUAUGUCAAAUUAAGGCGGCAAAAAGAAGCCAAAAGUUGUGACAUUGAAGCUGAAAAAACUCGAGUUCAAAGUGAGACUCCACAGAAGCUGGAGGGCUCAAUUGACUGUGAACCAGAAUCAAAGAGGUCAAGUUCCUGCAAAUUUGACAACAAAGACCAAUUCAACUUUGGAUUUUCUGAGUCCAUAUGUUCAGAGCUUGAUAAUUUGAAUAAAUUGGCAGAAAAAGAGAAUAGUGUCCAUUAUGGCACGGAAAAUCCCACAGAAAAAGAGACGCGUGAGAUGUCUUUGAGUGUGAUCAAAAGCUGCAAUUCUGAGGAUGAGGGACUGCCGAGUGCGAGUGGGAACUCUGUUCCUGAGGUGCAGAACCCUCUGGGCAGCUCGGUUAUGCUUCAAGACAGCAACUGACUGAAACUUCUGCCUGAAAAGUGGUUGAUCAUGAUAUCUCAGGAAAGACUGGCAGUCCUGGUCAGUUAUUGGCAACUCUGGACAAUAACAGAACAGUCCAUCCUUUUCCUUUUUGAUAUUGAAUUUGUUUUUAUAUUUUAGCUUAUUGUAUUACUGAAGAACAUCUUACCCUCACCACCUAUAAUCCAGUUUUUUUGUUAAUGUAUAUACUUUGAGCUUCAGAGGAGCGAAUUUCUCUUUUCAUUUCAUUCAUUUUAUUUAUUUGUUGACUCCAGUUAAAAAGGCAGUAAAUGUACCUUUUCCAGACACUUUUCCAGGCUUUUCCGUUAAAGGUUUUGUUUAAAGCACUCUGGCAUUUUUGACCCUCUGUUUGAAUUGUGGCACCUUUUUUUUAUACCUUUGACUAUUUCGCAGUACUCAUUGCAGUGUUUAGUGCAUGGAAUGGGUGGAAACAUCCUGAUGACCUAGUUUGUCUUUUCUCAACUUCCUACCAGACUUUACAAUGAAACCCCUUCUUACAUUUGUUAAACACAAAUUGUAUUUUCUGCUGAAUUAGUUCUGUUCCCCAAAAUGGGAAAUUAAUUUUUGUUAAAAGCUUAAAUCUGUCUAAAGUCUAAAGUUAUAUGUGGUAUAUUACCUACCACUAGAGGACUGUAGAUGCUGUGUUUUUAAGUAAAGGAGGAUUAGAUGCCACUCCCAUUUUAACUCAAAAGGAGAUGAAAGAUACAGGUGGUGGAUCCUUACCACAUUUUCCUUGUAAGAAAAAUGUAAAUGAAAUGAACACUACCUUACUUGCAGAAAUGCAUAUCUGUUUGAAAUGAUAAUUUGUUUAGGCCCUCUGUGAGUACAAUUUCUUGAGUUUAAAAAUGUAUUCAAAUUCCAACUAAAUAUGUCUAGAAUAUAAAUGUAAACCAGAUGUUCAAACUCAAUAAAAAUGCUUUGAUUUUUUUUAAC